UUUCACAAUGGGCAACGCACCUUCUUCCCCCAAGCCUGGGACAGAGUUCCAAGUCAUCGGCGCGGGCCUUUCAAGGACUGGCACAGCCAGCUUCAGCGAAGCUCUUCGUGUUCUCCUCGAUGCACCGGUCUAUCACGGCGGCACACAAACCCUACUCGGCCCUGAAGUCGAGAUUCGAUCAAUGAUCAAAAUCCUCGAGCGCUUCCCAAUCCGCAGUGAAGAAGACAGAAAGGUCGUGUUUCCACUUCUGAAACAGCGAUUUGAUGGCUACGCCGCUGCCACAGAUGCGCCAACGUCGGGACUUGUCGAAGAGCUUAUGGAACUGUAUCCGAAUGCGAAAGUUAUCUGCACGGUGCGCAAUGCUGACGCUUGGGUGAAGAGCAUUGGCGGCCUCUCUACUACUUCAACAAUGUGGUUCCUAAGAGUUAUCCUUUUCCCCGUGCCCUCAAUGCGCUACUUUGCCGACUUCGUCCAAGUGCUGAGCAAACAAUUCGUUUAUUUAUAUGGCGAGAGCGUGCCGGUGUCUACUAAGACCUACGACAGGCAUAUUGAGUGGUUGAAAAGGGUCGUGCCAGAAGAUAAACUGAUUUUCUUUGAUGUCACAGAAGGAUGGGAGCCCCUGUGCAAGGCAUUGGGAAAGCCGGUUCCGAAAGACAUUCCGUUCCCGAGGAUUAAUGAUAGCAAGACUACCGAGAGGUUUGCAAAGGAAAUGAUUAGAAAGGGGCUGGUUAGGUGGGCAUUUAUGUGUGGUGUGGCGGGCUUAGCCAUCAUUGCACUGUUGCGACAUCUGUGA